AUGGCAUGGCAACCUUGGGAGAACUUCAAGGCCGACCAUCCCGUCACGGCGGACUACAUGUUUGAAUCAUGCGCCGCCAUCCGUCCAUACCUGCCUCCGCUCAACUUCAUCACGGCCCACUACGCCUACUUUGUAUUGACUGGGCUCAUCUUUGCCGGCAUCUUUCACGGGCUCUCGCACUCAGCCAAUUAUGUCAGCUUUAUUGACAGCCUUUUCCUCGUCAUCUCUGCUUUUACCACAUCCGGACUCAACACAGUCGAUAUCAGCAAACUCAGUACCGCCCAGCAGGCUAUAAUGGCCAUGAUGAUGGUUCUUGGCAGUCCUGUCUUCGUCUCCAUUUUCACCAUUUGGCUCCGUGCCCGCGUUUUCGAGAAGCGUUUUGAGGACAUCGUCAGGGCCGAACGAAACAGGAGGAUCAAAAAGACUGGCGCCAUGGUCGGCAUGGCCGGAGCGAUGAUUGGUCUUCCCGUGAUGUCAUCCUUUAAGGGAUCUAAGCGGAAGCAAAAGAAGGGUAGACACGAGCGACAGCCUGAGGCUGAUGCGUUCCAGUUGACGGGAUCGACAUCCCGUGAGAAGGGCCACGGCCGGAGCCAGAGCCAGACCACCCAUCAAGAGUCUGGACCAUCCGGCAUGCUGGAACCUAUCGAGGAGGGCCAAAGGCUCGGCUUCUCCACUAGCUUCACAGAGCCGCUCUCGCCCAAGUCGAUUGCCACUACUAGGCGGAGGCCUUUCAGUCGUGAUGACAGCCGCCAUUCCAUUUCAGAAGGCUUUGACUUCAAGACUUUCAUCCACGAGAACAAGAAGUCAGUCGGCAGAAACGGCCAGUUUUUUGACCUCACAGAAGAGCAGCGCGAGUACCUAGGUGGAGUCGAAUAUCGGGCCCUCAAGAUCCUCUUUACCAUUGUCUGCAUCUACUUUAUCCUCUGGCAGCUCCUUGGGGCCAUCACACUCGGCGCUUGGUCAUACGUGCACAGCCAGAGUAUAACGGCCGUAAACGCGCAAAAUUCAUGGUGGGCUGGCAUUUUUUUAGCCAUCUCUUCAUUCAACAACGCUGGAAUGACGCUCCUCGACGCAGGCGUAGCAGCCUUUGACAAUGAUGCCUUCGUCUUGACCGUUGUCACCAUUCUUUCUCUAGCCGGAAACGCUGCGUUUCCUGCGUUCCUCAGAGCCACCGUUUACUUCUGCAGCUUGGUCUUGAAAGUGUCUGUCGAUAGCGACGAGUACACUGUUUGGAAGGAAGCUUUCGAUUUCAUCCUGAAAUACCCUCGCCGUCUGUACAUGAUGAUGUUUCCUGCCAAGGCUAAUUUGGUAUUUGUCACAAUGUUCUGCACCAUUGCUGCCAUGGAUUGGGUCCUCUUGUUGGUUCUCAGCAUCGGCAACUCUGCCAUCGAGGCGUAUCCGAUUGGAAAGCGGGUCGGGCUGGCCGUCUUUCAGGCAUUAAGCCUCCCUUCCGGCGGUUUUGCGGUUGUUCCCGUGUCAAGCCUCUACUUCGACGUUCUUGUCCUUUGGGUCAUUGUUAUGUACAUCUCUGCAUAUCCGGAGAUUAUUGUCAUGCGAAACUCAAAUGUAUACGAAGAACGGUCACUAGGGAUUUACACUACGGAACCUGAAAAGUCCGAGGACCUAGACUCAACUCCCGACGAAUCGACAGAUGAGCUCCUGCCAACCUUUGGGCCCCUGCUAUCUCGACCGACGUCUAGCCAUGCACUUGGCCUAGAAAGAUCAACAACGUCAGCACCAGGCGUGUCACAAGAAAAGUCGGGUCUUUCUACCAAACCCAUCAAGAAGAUAGCCGCCAUCGGCCGGCGUGGCACCUCCUUCGUGGGCAAGCAGAUUCAGAGUAGGAUGAAUAACUUCCAAGGUGUGGGUGUAACGGCAAGACCGCGCCUCAAGCGGUCUGCUGCUAUAAACUUCAGUGACCCCAAUGCUGCGCCAGGCUCAACUUCUUCGCUCGAGGGCCACGUGAGCCUCGUGUCGCAGCAUCUUCGAGGACAGCUCUCGCACGAUAUCUGGGCCAUUGCGUUCGCGCUAUUCCUGGUCACACUUAUCGAGACAUCUCAUUCGAUUGCGGACUCACGCUCUUACAGCGUCUUCAACUUCUUGUUCGAGAUCGUGUCGGGAUAUACCAACAUCGGAUUAUCCAUUGGCCUGCCGGACCAUUCAUUUAGCUUCGUGGGCGGCUGGUACACAGGCUCAAAAUUGGUCAUGAUCGUAAUGAUGAUCCGUGGCAGGCACAGGGGCCUCCCGGUCGCGCUAGACCAUGCCGUCAAGCUGCCUGGGUGGGAUAAUGUGAAGAAGCAGAACGAGGAUGCUGAGAUUAGACGUAGUCUAGGUAAGAGCCGGACCACUUUAGAAAUAUGA